GCUAUGACGCUCAGCCCUACUAGGAGCUUGAGGUUUAAACCGACCGCAGAUGAUAGACGGGCUUGGUAUGGGUCUUUCUUGCGAUUGUCCUCUCACAAGCUCCAUAAUUCGGCUGCCUAAUGGCUUAUACUUGUUAUUCACGUCAUGCAGUUCAUUAUUAUUAAUAUUAGCUUGCACUAAGAUCGUUGAUGCUGCUGGUUGAUCCUGGCCUGGUCCAAAAGUUGUUGCUCCCUGGGUUCAGCUCCGCUUGUGGAAACCGACGAGCUGAGAGGCUCCUCUUAAUCUCCUGCGCUCUCCAUCUCUGUCUCUCUUUUCUUCCCCCUGUUCCCAUACCCUUAAUUGACCUCUUUUGGAUACCCCUUUUGUUGUUUAAUCACCCUCUCUCUCGUUUUCUACGCGACUUCUCCCCUACUAAUCUCCGUCGCUGCCAAGUGCCCUGUCGGAUCUGCGCUCCUUCAAUUGUCCGACGGUCGCUUGACCACCAGUAAUAAUGGCCUAUUCAGACGUUGCGCCCAAUGCGGCUGUUUCUGAGACCACCGCCCAGGUUGACGUCACCUGCGGCCCGCUCCUCAACUUCAAGAACAUGGACGUGACGCCUUCAUCCUCCAUCUGGCAUGGAAGCGUCUUGAUUGUUACAAAGCCAGGCCAAGCGCAGCCUCGGCUUUUCCUGCAACAGGCUGGGCCUGCUAUCCCCGAUUCCACUGUCACCAGCGCCGCCCCGAAUACCCAGGGCGUUACAAUUGAUGGGUUGCGCCUUUUUGAAGACCCAAAGGCCGCGUUUUGGCGAUUCUCCCUCACAUUGCCCUUGGAGGACUAUGAGGCGCGAUGGUCAUACACUAUUCCGGGGUUGCGUUAUCCUGAUGGCGGCGAGAUUCAUUCUCCUUGGGACUUUGUCGUUCCGUCGCGCACCCAGUCCAUGCGUCUGAUGUUCCACUCUUGCAAUGGUUUCUCUGUGGGUACAGAUAUGGACGCCUGGCUUGGUCCAAACUUGUGGAACGACGUUUUGCGCGUUCACGCGCAGAGGCCGUUCCAUGUCAUGAUCGGCGGGGGUGACCAGAUCUACAAUGACGGUAUCCGGGUGGACGGCCCGUUGAAGGAAUGGACCUCCAUCUCUAACCCUCACAAGAGACGCACCCAUCCUUUUGAUAAUGACAUGCGAGCGCGGUGCGACGAAUACUACUUUGCAAACUACGUGCGAUGGUACGCGACCGAACCCUUCAAGGAGGCCAACGGACGGAUUCCACAGAUUAACAUUUGGGACGACCACGACAUCAUUGACGGUUUUGGCUCAUAUACCGACCACUUUAUGCAGUGUUCAGUCUUCCGCGGCAUUGGAGGCGUUGCGUUCAAAUACUACUGUCUGUUCCAGCACCACAUUGCGCCACCAAAGUCGACCUACACUACUGAUGCGCCGCAAACUAUGAAGGCUGUCAACGGGACUGCAGGUGCUGAUCCUCGUCAGUUGGAAAACACAUUUGUUCUAGAGGAUCAAGCGGAGGACAACAGCUGGAUAAUUGGCAAGCGCCCUGGCCCGUACGUCGAAGAAAAGAGUAGGAACCUGUACAUGCGCCUUGGAAAGCGCAUCGCGUUUAUCGGCGUCGAUGCCCGUACUGAGCGCACCCGCCACCAGGUGAACUAUCCGGAUACGUAUGAACUCAUCUUCGAUCGCCUGGAGCAAGAGGUUGCGGCCGCCAAUGGCGACAUUAAGCAUCUUGUCGUGCUCCUCGGAGUUCCAAUCGCAUACCCGCGUCUCGCCUGGCUGGAGAACAUUCUGAGCUCCCCGAUCAUUGCCCCAAUCCGCCUGUUGAACAAGCGGUUUGGAUUUGCUGGUGGUUUCUUCAACCAGUUUGACGGGCAGGUUGAUUUGCUGGACGACCUUGACGACCACUACACGGCACGCCAGCACAAGCGGGAACGCCGAUUCUUCAUUCAGCGCCUGCAAGAAUUCUCCAAGACUCAUUCCGUUCGUGUGACCAUUCUUGGAGGAGACGUGCAUCUGGCUGCUAUCGGGCGCUUCUACUCAAACCCUAAGCUGAAGAUCCACAGCGAGAACGACCACAGAUACAUGGUCAACGUUGUUAGCAGCGCCAUCACCAACAAGCCCCCUCCAAAGGCCGUGGCAAACCUGCUAGCGCGCAGAAACAAAAUCCAUCACCUGGACCCCGAGACCGACGAGACGCUCAUGAACAUGUUCGACGGCCAACCCGGAGGAGUUGACAAGAGCGCCUCCUGGAACAAGGUGACCAUGCCUUCGCGCAACUACGCAACCCUCACCGAGAUCGAGACCCCCGCCACAAACGGCGACGCACAGGCGGAUCAGACCCUUCCUAUUCCCAAGGACGGUCACUCCCCCUUGCACGUGGGCGAAUCAACCGCCGGCUCGUCCCAUAUUGCAGCAGACGGCGCCGCCAGCACGAGUAGUAUGCAUGGAGGGCUGAACAUUGCAAUUCGGGUGGAGAUAAACCCACAGAACCGAGAGGGCCUAGCUCACGGAUACGGUUUCAGCAUCCCACUCCUCUCAUACGUCGAAUCAGAAUACGAUCGCCGCCACUCUCGCUCCCGCUCUCUCCACGCCGUCUCUCUGCGCGGCCACUCGCGCUCAAGAGAGCCACGCCCCCGGACUUCGACUUAAGCUCACCAUGCACGGCGUGCAUAAAAAAAAGGAUUAAUGUCUCGUGAUACCGUUAAAUAUCCAUUUGCUGCUUUUGUUCUCUCUAUGUAUGCAUCUAUUCGUUUAUAUAUCCCUGGCUUUUGGUUUGGCUCUGGGUUUGGCUACUUAGGAUUAGUUGGUUGCUAUAUACUUAGUUGGUAAUGUAAUAGCCCGGCUUGGGUAAACCCGGAAAAUAUGGUUAUCAGAGUCUAGUUGGAUACUUGUCAUGUGUAAGUUUUGGAAUCCCAGUGCUCGCUCGGCAAAGGCAAAGCCGGCCUGGAUAUAGUCUGAAAAGUCAUAUACUGGGA